CACAGUGUAAGUCAUAGAGGAAGCUGCAAGAGGAUUGAUAACAAAGGGUGAGAGGCAAAAGGGGCUUUCAACACCAUGAAUUUGUGUCUAAAAUUGAUAGUUCUUGGAUUUCUUCUAUGGGACCAAAAUCAUUUUAUCCAAGGACAAUUGACAACAUCGACAGCACCAGGAACAUUCUCACCCGCACCUCUCUCCACCAUCAGCAUCCAGAGCCUUUCCAAUGACUCUUUACGCUCUUCCGCCAACACGCCAAAUCAGACUCAUGUUGACUCUCCUAACACGCAAGCACCCACCACCAUUGUCCCAAUGAGUGCUCUCAUACUUGCAGACAACAGCACUGCUGUCCAUGAUGCACGCACCCCUCCAACCAUCAACACCACCAUGCUUUCUUUCACAGGUGACUCAAACUUCACUGGCAUUCAAGCACCCACUCAUACCCCCACCUCGGAUCUCACAUCUGCAUUCACUGGCUCAGUAACACCAAGCACUGAUUUCAAGAAUAUCACCUCACCACCAGACGUCUCCCCUUCUCCUCAAGGAGAUGACGAGGCUAAGCCUAAUUGCAGUGGAGUUAACACCGUAAAAGUGAAACCUUUUUCAUACAGCGGACAAUCCCAGAUAUUAGAGCUAGAUGUUCCUGAUCACCUCAAAAAUAAAACCCUGAAGUGCAAACCUGAUGAAUCCAGCUCAGCGGAAUAUAACUUCACACUUCAAAAUUCUACAUUCUCUGUUUCCAUGUGUACACCAACAGAGAUUACAUGCUGGUUUAUGGAGUGCACGGCUAAUGAGACCUUUUCUAUAAACUUGGACGUUCCCCCCAAAAAAGGAAUCUACAUAUUAAAUGCCGCUGUAGAGACAAACAGCAUUCAUUUUCACUGGUACAAUACAAAUGGAAAAAUGUGUGAAGUCUAUGUGACAUCUAACUGUUCAAAUGGUGCAAAAUACUUUUCGGGUCAUGAAGAAGUGGAUGGCCUGGACCCUUUCAUGAACUACAGCUGUACUUCAGAGUUAUUCUAUAAAAAAAAACUGAUAGAGAUAGAAGAGAAAAAUCUUAUGACCAAGAUUGGAUCUCCAGAAGCCGUACAAACAUUAUCAUGUAACACAACUAAAACAACAGCACAUGUUACGUGGAGUAGGCCAAUCAAACCCAAUGGCCCAUUGAGUGGAUAUGAGGUUAUUAUACAAAGGAAGGAUCGCAGGCCAAUGUUUCCCUCAGGGGAGAAUCACCGUUUAGUGUAUACCUCAGACACGGAUCUCCAGAAACUGUUUACAGAACUAGAGCCUUUCACCAACUAUAUUGUCAAGGUGACAGCAUACAAUGAAGAUGCAUCAAAUGGUCGUUUAUCUGGUGAACCUUCUGAAAAAAACUGUAUGACAGAAGCAGGAAAACCAAGCACAAUUAGGUCUGUGGAAGCACGUGUUGCGGGAAAGAAUAACAAAAUCAGGAUUGACUGUAAAGGACCUGAAGUUCGUCCUAAUGGACCUGAAGGACAAUAUAUACUUAAAAUAAAUGAAGAAGAAAUAAAAAGAAAACAAUGUCAGUUUAUUAUUGAAAAUCUGAACUAUCUGAAAACAUACCAAUAUGAGAUCUAUUAUGAUAAUACUAUAUAUAAAGGAGACCCGUACACGGGAAGUGUAACAACUAAAUAUAAUGAUAAGGCUCUCAUUGGAUUUUUGGCAUUUUUUAUAACCAUCACGUGCCUGGCCCUAAUCUUUGUCAUGUAUAAAAUCUACAAUCUGCAAAAAAGAUCUUCACGCAGGGUUAUGGAUAACUUACCUCUAAUUGAACAAGAUGAUGAGAAACAGCUUUUGAACAUUGAGCCCAUCCCAGUGGAACAACUGCUUGAAACAUACAAAAGAAAAAAUGCAGAUGAGGGACGACUAUUCCUUGAUGAAUUCCAGAGCAUUCCACGUGUCUUUAGCAAAUUCCCUAUCAAAGAAGCCAGAAAACCCUGCAACCAACCUAAAAACCGCUACAUUGAUAUUUUACCUUAUGAUGGUAACAGAGUGGUCUUAUCUGAGAUACAUGGAGUACCAGGAUCAGACUACAUUAAUGCCAGCUACAUUAAUGGAUUUAAAGAACCAAGAAAAUACAUUGCUGCCCAAGGCCCCAAAGAGGAAACUAUGAAUGACUUCUGGAGGAUGAUCUGGGAGCAGAAGUCAACUAUCAUCGUUAUGGUCACUCGCUGCGAAGAAGGGAACCGGAACAAAUGUGCUCAGUACUGGCCAUCAAAUGACGAAGGCACAGAGGAUUUUGGAGAUAUCACUGUAAAGAUCACGGAGGAGAAAUUCUUUCCUGAUUACAUCACUCGUAAAUUGCACAUCACUAAUCGGCGUGAAAAGUCAGAGCGUGACAUCACUCACAUCCAGUUCACUGUUUGGCCAGAUCAUGGUGUACCUGAUGAUCCCAACCUCUUGCUAAAAUUACGUCGGAGGGUCAAUGCUUUGAGCAAUUUUUUCAGCGGUCCGAUAAUUGUUCAUUGCAGUGCUGGUGUUGGACGUACAGGAACCUAUAUUAGCAUUGAUGCCAUGUUGGAAGGACUGGAGGCAGAGAACAGGGUGGAUGUCUACGGCUACGUGGUACAGUUGAGACGGCAACGCUGUUUGAUGGUUCAAGUGGAGUCCCAGUACAUCUUCAUACACAAGUCUUUGGUGGAAUACAACCAGUUUGGGGAGACAGAAGUCAAUACAGCUGAGUUACCACAUUUGCUCAACAACAUGAAGAAGAAUGAGCUUCCUUCUGAACCAUCACAGCUGAACUGUGAAUUUCAGAGAUUACCUUCAUAUAAAAACUGGAGACCACAGACAACAGGAAACCACCCGGAUAAUAAAGACAAGAACCGCAACUCCACAGUGGUUCCAUAUGAAUUUAACCGUGUCCAGGUCAAGGUGAAUGAUGAACCAGAAAAAGAGCACAAUGAGAACUCCGAGCUAUCUUCAGAUGAGGACAGUGACUCUGAGGAUACCUUCUAUAUCAAUGCAUCUUACAUAACAGGAUAUUGGGGAACAUACUCAAUUAUAGCAGCUCAAGCACCUCUAAAGACCACAAUUUCAGAAGUUUGGCAAAUGAUCUACCAGAAAAAAAUCAAAGCAAUUGUUAUGCUUUCUGGAUUAAACCAAGAGAACAAUGAGGAGCAAUGUGUGCCAUAUUGGAAAGAAAAGAGCAAGACAUAUGAUGACCUUGAGGUAGAGCUAACAGAAGAAAAUCCAUGUGGUAGUUACACUAAACGCUCUUUUGAGAUCAGACAUACUAAAAGGAAAGAUAUCAAAAAGGUCUCUCACUUCCAUUAUAACCAAUGGGAGGAUGUUUUGCCCAAAGAAACCAAGGAUCUGCUGAAGAUGAUUGAGAAGGUCCGAAAAAACCUUCCAUCCAAGAAACUAGAGGAACAGAGAAGCCGUGACAGAUCAGUUCCUCUCCUUGUUCAUUGCAGUGAUGGAUCCCAGCGAACUGGGACAUUCUGUGCCCUCUGGAAUCUUCUAGAAAGUGCUAAGGUUGAAGAAGUCAUUGAUGUCUUCCAGACAGUGAAACACUUGCGUCGCCAGCGGUCAGGAAUGGUGUCUUCUUUUGAGCAGUAUGAGUUUCUUUAUAAUACCUUGGCCAGCACUGUACCUGUCCAAAACGGUCAGGUCAAGAUAACCAUUCAUCAGGAAGAAAAAAUGCAGACCCAAAAUGAAACGAAGAGCAAAUUCCCAGAAGAACAACAGGGAGUCACAGCCAGCUUAACAGAGGACACUCCACCGAAGGCCAAAGAGGCGGAAACAGUCUCCAACGGACCCAGUGCAGAAGUGUUCACAGAAGUAUCACUGAGAAUAGAUGAAUGACGAGCUGUGAAAAUAUAGAAAACCGUGGAUAGUAGAUGUUAUGUCGUUUGGGUCUUUUAGGUCAACCGAGCGUCUCUCUCAUGAACAAAACUGGUACUUUACAUUGUACGCCUAAGCCAGUGUGCAUUGUAUACUUGCUGUGCACAUUGUGUGAAGCACUGCAUUAACAUCUGUCCUAUAAAUUAGUAUUUGUUUACAUGUA